UCAAAUGCCAUUGGCUUCUACUUGUUCAUCAGUUAUCUAUGGAUUGUCUAGCAGCCAUUUUUAGAUCAUCGCACCAAGAACAGCCACAGCCUUGUUGAUACGCAAUCCGUUUCCCGUUUCCAUAACAGAAAGGUUAAUUGUUUCUACACUAUUCGUGUACCCACUGACUGGGUCGUUUUUAGUUUUUGUCUAUUUUUCUUUGCUGGCCCUUUUUGAUUGCGACACAGAUAAAUAGGGAAUUUGGUAGUGGGGAAAGGAGAAAGAAAUGUGAUGGUAACUGAAAGGGUCUUUCUGUUCUCCGCCUUAUUCUUUUGACUUCACUAACCUUUUCCCCCUUUUUAGUUUUUGGCAUCAACUGUUCUUUGAUCAAUGCGAAAUUUUAGCUCUCAGACGUAUUAUCAAAGUUGAAGGUUUUGGAUUAACCCAUUGAUUUUUUUUUUGUCGGUUCAGAUUUCUAUUUUAGUUGGAAAAAUAUCGAAAGAUUUGAUCUGUGUGGCUCUCCAUUGAUGGCAAACAGCCUGACCUCUUUUUCUCAGAGGACAGAAGGUUCCAUUCUCUCCUCUCUAUUUUUGCCUCUUCGAUUCCAGUGAUUCUCUUCUCUUGAUUUUUUUUUCCCUCGAUUUGGUUGCUUAAUCUUGGAAUCUAUACCUAAUUUAAUUACACCACCCACCUUAAUCAUCUGAGAAUGUUCUUCUAAUCUCUCUUCUAUCCACACACACACGAAAAAAAUAAUACCACACUUUGGGGGAUAAAGUAUAACGUUUUCUUCCGUCUGCUCUGGUUUAUAAUAAUGGGUUGUGCAACUUCGAAGCCGAAGGUGUGUCACAAAUGCAGGGCCCCCUGUUCACCGGUGCGCCGGAGCUAUUCAAUGCACGACGAUGGCUACCAUAGGGUGGCUCUGACUUCAUCUACUUUAGGAUCUCUGAAGCUUGAUCCGAUGAACCAGAGUCAAUCAAUCAAAGACGGAGAUACAUCUUCUUUUGAUCUUUGUGAUUUCGAUGAAGUGAAGAGCUGUAAAGAAGAGUUUGCUAUGGGUUUGAUUGAAGCAAAAACAUGGUCAGAAAUGAUCAAUGAGAAAAUCCCCAAAGUGGUUCCGAAAACCCCUGUUAGAACUCCACCUGGUGAGCCAGAAACUAUCAAUACUUGGGAAUUAAUGGAAGGUCUUGAAGAUUCUAGUCCUCUUAAGCCUGCUCAUCAUGUUCGCAGUUUUUCAUUCCAUGUUUCUCCAAAUCCAGUUUCAUCUCAGUAUGAUCUUCCUACGCCCAGAGUUAAAGAUCAUAUCGAAGGUUCCCCAAAGCCAUUGUGGGAGGAGGUAGCUGAAGAUGAAACGAACUCAAGUUCAAACGACACAUCAAUCGUGUCCGAGUUUGAUUCUGAAGUGAUUUCUACAUUCAGAAAAGCAUUAGAAGAUCUCCCACCUGCAAACCCAUUUCACCUUAAACCGUUGAUUACUGAAAAUCAGAAGCCGGUGGCCGACGAGGAAGAUCCAUUGGAGAUAACAGAUGUGAAGAAAGUAACAGAGUACAAAGUAAGUAAAGAUAAACUUGUUGUUUAUUUCACUAGCCUGAGAGGUGUGAGGAAAACAUAUGAGGAUUGUGGCCAUGUUCGAGUGAUUCUGAAGGGAUUAGGUGUCAAAAUCGACGAAAGAGAUGUAUCGAUGCAUUCAGGGUUCAAGGAAGAGCUGAAAGAAUUACUGGGAAAUGAAUACAGUGGAGGAGGAUUGCCUAGGAUAUUUAUGGGGGGAAAAUACAUUGGUGGAGCUGAUGAAAUACGUCGAAUGAACGAGGAUGGAAAACUCGAGAAAUUUGUAGAAAACUGUGAAAGAAUUGAGGAUGGUGGUGUCAUUGGAGGUUGUAAUUGUGAGGCCUGUGGAGAUAUUAGAUUUGUACCUUGUGAGACAUGUUCAGGAAGCUGUAAAAUCUAUUACGGAGCAGAUUAUGAAGAAGAUAACGAAGAUGAAGAAGAACUUGAAGAAGAUGAAUAUGGUUUUCAACGAUGUCCAGAUUGCAAUGAGAAUGGGCUAAUUCGUUGUCCAAUUUGUUGUGAUUAAGGUUGAUCACAAAAUUUUCUUGUGUCUUCCUUUUUUUUUCCCCUAAUUUCGUUUGCAUUAAUUUUAAUUACUUUUGGAUGAUGUUUGUUGUACAGUGAAGAGUUUUGAUUGAGUUUAAUAUAGUUAUAACCAACCAUAAACAUAUUCCAAGCUCUGGAGUUGUGGUGUUAAAAGUCUUCUGUAAUACAUUUUCCAGGUAAAACGAGAAGCUUAUACAAUUUUGAAUUUUUCCCUUUAUAAAGUAAUAUAUACAUAAUGUACCAGAUAUUGUACUA